UGUUCGUGGAGUAAUGUUUUCUUCUUUCUCACCUCUGCAACUUCGAACUCCAAAAAUGGAAGAAUGCGAUGUAAUAGAUUUAUUCGAACUUCACUAUUCAGAAUUAUCAUCAUCUUCAAAGAAAUCAGAUUCCAUAAUGAAAGCACUCGGAUCCAAUGGUCCUGGCCUCCUCGCCGUCACCGGAAUCCCCAAUAUAUCCAACCUCCGAUCCUAUCUUCUCCCCCUCGCUCGAAAACUCUCACUUCUCGAUCGCCAAACUCGUAAUCGCAUCCUCAAGGAGCAUAAUUUAGGUAGUGAUGUUCCUUUGAAAAAUCCACAUAGGAGUGUAUCUUCUUUUGCAAUGCAAUUGAAAUAUGCAAAAACAAAUUCUGAAGAGAAAGAUGAACAUGAAUUUUAUGGUAAUGGAUUUGAGAAUCUAGGAAAUGCUUUUCAAGAAUUAGGUUUUUGCAUGAUGGAAGUUGGACUUUGUGUUGCUAGAAUCUGUGAUAAGGCAAUUGGUGGCAAUGAAUUGGAACAAAGUUUAUUGGAAUCGAAUGCUGCGAAGGGGCGUCUUAUUCAUUAUCAUUCUUAUUUAGAUGCUAUUCUGCUUCAAGAACUUGAUAAGAGCAAGACGAAUAACAAACGAGGGGUUACGAAUGCAAAGCCAUUAGAAGGAUCGUGUUUGAAUUCUAUUGCUUGUGAUGCAGUUCAUUCCAAUUUGUGGCAGCAGUGGCAUUAUGAUUAUGGUAUAUUUACUGUUCUAACGGAUCCGUUUUUUCUUUUUCCGUCUUAUUCAGAGAUGAGUGCGAUACAAGAUUCAUCUACUUGUGUUGAAUAUCCAUCACCAACUGGGAAUACAAAUUUGCAGAUAUAUGAUCCUAAUAAGAAAAGGGUACUUAUGGUGAGGGCUCCUCCUGAAAGUUUUAUCGUUCAAGUUGGGGAAUCGGCUGAUAUAAUCUCUAAAGGGAAGCUGCGAUCGAUCCUACAUUCUGUUCAUAGACCUUUGAAGUUUGAAAAUUUGAGCAGAGAAACUUUUGUUGUAUUUCUGCAGCCUGCUUGGACUAAAACUUUCUCUAUCUCAGAUUAUCCUCUUGGAAAAUCGGCAUUCGAUGGGGUUGAUGGUCAGUGUGUUUUGGUGGAAGAGUUUGAUGAUGACGAACAACAGUCUGGGCAGGAUGAUAACAAACUAAGCCUAGAAAUUCAGAAAAUAGUUCCCCCACUUUCAUCGCGAUUAAAGGAUGGGAUGACUUUUGCUGAGUUCUCGCGCGAAACAACGAAACAGUAUUAUGGUGGUAAUGGUUUGCAAUCAAAUAGAUGACUGAAAGUUUACCCAAAAAAAUGAUUGAAAAAUCGUUUGGAUUCACGGUGCGACAGGUUUCUUGCGUCUCAUUGUUCCCACUUUAAUUCCAAACAAUGCUAAUUCCCUAUUAGUCCUGUUUCAAUCUACACCCUUUUUCCAAAGCAAUAGACUCUUUUUUCUUUUCUUUUUUAUAAUCAUAAGAACAAAGCAAUAAUAGACUUUGGAAAGCUAAAUUUAGUAAUUUACUGAUUA